AUGGCAGGCCAAUCUGAGAAAAAGAGACUAAAGAAAGCUAAAAAUUUUAUUAUUUAUGCUUCUACAUUUUUUAGCAUUUUUUCAUUCACUUAUAUUUUAUUCUUAUUUUAUUAUAGAAAUAAUUUAAUAACAAAAUAUAUCUUUUCUUUGCAUUGUUUACUAUUUUUUUGCUAUUAUUAUUCAAUUAAAAAUAUACAUUAUGGUAUAAUUACUGGGAUUAACUUUACUUAUUAUACUGAUGUUCUAAUUUUAUCCUUAAUUAUCAAUAUAGGACUAUAUUAUUCUUUUAAGUUUUUUUAUUUAUAUUUAAUUAUACCAAUAUAUGCAAUAUUUAAAAUUUUUAAUUUUAUUUUCAAGUAUUUUUUAAGUUCUCCGAUUGAUAAUUUAGAAUCAUUAAAGAAAAAGGAAAAGACGGAAAAGAAAAAAACAAAAGUAGUAUAUAAGAAGGUUUAUUAA